AUGGAUGACACUUCACUACAGCUUAAUAAGUGCAACACUGAAGCAGAGACUAAAGAGAACAAGAGAAGCCAGUGGGCGAAGAAAGCCGAAUACUUUCUGGCUGUUGCUGGAAACAUUGUGGGCCUGGGAAACGUCUGGAGGUUUCCUUACCUGUGCUACAAGAAUGGAGGAGGGGUCUUCUUAGUUCCCUAUUUGUUUUUCAUGCUCACCUGUGGCGUCCCCCUUUUCCUCUUGGAAACAGCAUUGGGACAGUACACCCGUAAAUCUGGAAUCAUCUCCUGGAGGAACAUCUGCCCGCUCUUUGAAGGUAUUGGAUAUGCAGGCCUGAUGAUUAUCAUUUACACAGCCAUCAUGUACAUCAUCAUCCUGGCCUGGGCACUCUUCUAUCUUUUCCACUCCUUUAGCAAAGUGCUACCCUGGGCCAGCUGCAGUAACACAUGGAAUACAGCCACCUGCGAGGAGUUUCACAAGGGUAGCCUUUCUACCAACUGGACGAAACUGGAGAAUGCCACCUCACCAGCACUGGAAUUCUGGGACAGACGGGUGCUGAACAUCUCUGGAGGGAUUGACGAACUGGGAAGCCUGAACUGGGAGAUGGCAUUGUGCCUCCUGCUCGCCUGGAUUAUCUGUUACUUCUGUGUCUGGAAGGGAGUGAAAUCCGUAGGCAAGGUGGUGUAUUUUACGGUCUCAUUCAUUUACAUGAUGCUGAUCAUCCUCUUGGUGCGAGGACUCACUCUCCCUGGGGCCAAGGAUGGCAUUAUUUACUACUUGUAUCCGGAGCCAUCUCGACUUGCAGACCCUCAGGUCUGGAUGGAUGCUGGAACUCAGAUUUUCUUCUCUUAUGCUAUUUGCCUUGGCAGUCUGGUAACCCUCAGCAGUUACAACAAGUACACAAAUGACUGCUACAAGGACUGCAUUCACCUGUGCCUGUUGAACAGUGGAACAAGUAUCUUGGCUGGCUUUGCUGUUUUUUCUACACUGGGCUUCAUGGCUUAUGAACAAGGUGUGCCCAUCGAUGAAGUGGCAGAGUCUGGUCCAGGCCUCAUCUUUAUUGUGUACCCAUAUGCCAUCUCCAUGAUGCCUCUUCCUCAACUGUGGACCUUCUGCUUGUUUCUCAUGAUUUUUCUUCUUGGACUGGACACUCAGUUUACGAUUCUUGAAAUCAUCAUGGCCACUACCAAGGACAUGUUUGCUCAUCUGCUACAAAAGGAAAGACGUUUACAGUGUCUACUGCUGUUCAUCUGUAUUUCUCUUUACAUACUAGAGCUCCCAAUGAUCUCAGAGGGUGGAGUAUACAUUUUCCAGAUCAUCGACUACUAUGGGUGCAGUGGGAGAUGUUUUCUGUUCAUCGCAAUCUUUCAGAGCAUUUGCAUUGGCUGGGUUUAUGGUGCUGAUCGCUUUUAUGACAACAUUGAAGAAAUGAUAGGCUAUCGUCCCGGACCAUUCAUUAAGUACUGCUGGAUUAUCUUCACACCUGUCAUUUGCAUUGGCACUUUUAUAUUCUCUCUGGUGGAUUACACCCCAUUGAAAUACAACAACACCUACAUGUAUCCAACAUGGGGGUAUGUCCUGGGAUGGAUCUUAAGUCUCUCUUCUAUUAAUUUCAUGCCACUUUGGAUGCUUUUCAGACUUUUUUGGGCAAAAGGAACGCUUUGUGAGCGUUUCCACUCACUUUGUAAAUCCAGACUUCAGCAAAGCAGGAGUAAAAUCCGAGUCAGAAUGGAUGCCACAGAGCUGUAUCUGCGAUGUGAAGAAAAUGAAAAACAAUGA